AUGGCAUCUAAAAGCUCUCUACCUGAAGAGGAUUUCACCUGUCCUGUUUGCUUUGACAUUUUCAAGGAUCCCGUCCUUCUUUUGUGUAGUCACAGCUUCUGCAAAGUCUGCCUUCAGAAGUUCUGGAGACAGAAGAAAUCUAAAGAGUGUCCAGUUUGUAGAAGAAAAUCUUUAAUGAACAUAUGUGAGGCUUUACUGAAGGAGAAGAGCCAGAGGGCUUCAGGAGGGUCUGAAGUGCUCUGCAGUCUGCACGGUGAGAGACUCGAGCUGUUCUGUCUGGAGGAUAAACAGCCCAUAUGUCUGGUGUGUCAGGCUUCCAGGAAACAUUCAGGACACCAAUUCCUUCCCAUAGAUGAAGCUGCACUUGAUUUUAGAGAACAACUCAAGGCUGUAUGGGAGACCUUGCAAGAGAAACUAGAAGAAUUUGAAGACGUUAAAGCAACAUAUGACCAAACAGCCAGUCACAUUAAGGUCCAGGCCCAUCAGUCAGAGGAGCAGAUGAAGGAGGAGUUUGAGAAGCUUCAUCAGUUUCUGAAAGAUGAAGAGGAGGCCAGAUUAAGAGCAGUAAAGGAGGACGAGAAGCAGAAGAGUUUUGUUAUGAAAGAGAAGAUUGAAGAAUUGAGCAAGGAGAUGUCCACUCUUUCAGAUACAAUAACAGCCAUUGAACAGCAGAUGGUUGCUGAAGAUAUAAUCUUCUUACAGCAUAACAACUGA